CCUUCCUCCUUGAAGCUUCUAGAACCGGGGCAUAAAGGUGUGGUCCAGUGUCGGCCCGCCCCCCUCCCUGGGCGGAAGUUGAAUGCUACCGGAAGUCGCGGUGCGGUGAGUUGGCUAUGGCGACCGAGGGGGACGUGGAGUUGGAGUUGGAGACCGAGACCAGUGGCCCGGAGCGGCCUCCUGAGAAGCCACGGAAACAUGACAGUGGUGCCGCGGACCUGGAGCGGGUCACCGACUACGCGGAGGAGAAGGAGAUCCAGAGCUCCAACCUGGAGACGGCUAUGUCCGUCAUUGGAGAUAGACGGUCCCGGGAGCAGAAAGCCAAACAGGAGCGGGAGAAGGAACUGGCAAAGGUCACAAUCAAGAAGGAAGAUCUGGAGUUGAUAAUGACAGAGAUGGAGAUCUCUCGAGCAGCAGCAGAAAGGAGCUUGCGGGAACACAUGGGCAAUGUGGUAGAAGCUCUUAUUGCCCUAACCAACUGAUAGGUGCUUUCUCAGACAUUUUUUGGAUUAACUUAUUGCAAUAAAGUUUUUUGUUUGUUUGUUUGUUUUA